AUGACUAACAUCGAUAACCAGCCCCCAAGUUCUGUAUCAAUAAUGUGGGUCUUACUUGAGGGAAAACCGAGAGCUGUUAAGUUGAAAAAUGACGUAACACAAAUUCCAGAACUAGAUGACCUCUACCCUGUUCUCAAAAAAGAGUUUAAUGAACUUCAAGAUAUCGAACGAAGUGACAUUGAAUUUUUUUCCUUCGAUGACUAUCAUAAACUCUCACCUCUUCGUAGUGGAACAUUACUUACAGAUAUAGUAACAACGGAUAUAUCCCCGCUUGUUGUGAGGUACCCCUUUUCAGAUACCAGCGUAAAGUAUAGGUUUUUACGAAAUUUGGAUACUUAUGAAAUGCCUCAUUCUAGUGGCUCUUGGAUUUUGCUUCGGGAAGCUGUCAAUAAAAGCUUCGAAAAGUUGCAAACUUGCGAUUUUUAUUUUAUUUUUAAAAUUAACUCAGAAGAAAAAAAAAUUGAGAACGAAUUCCAGUUCAAUAAAUUAAUGGAUAGAACAGAUUCAAACGAUAAAGGCGAACGUUAUCUAGACCUUAAAAUACAGAUAAAAGGUAAAAAAGCAUAUGGAGACUGGACCCUCAAGGAGGUUUCUAAGGAGAUAUAUAAUGAUGCAUUUGAUUCUAUCGAAUCAAUGUCGAUAUUUGAAAUAGAAGAAAUUUUCAUAUUAGACCCUCCGUUUAAUGAUAAUGAUUUAAAACGGUUUAAAGACAACCUUCAAGAAAAGAUGAAUGUUUUUCACAAUGAGGUUACCACAAAUGAAGCAACUGCACGAGAAUUUAUUUCAGUCUUCCUAUCUUUAGCAGUUAACCACGUACGAGCAUGUAAUGAUCCAUCAACACGAUUAAUGGUGGAAGUUGAACUCGAUGGAAGCCGUGGCUACGGUGUUUUGGAUUACAGCGUCUAUAUACAGAAAAUCCCUAUUUUAGUGACAGAAGCCAAACCACAUGAAAGCGAGAAAGCCGUCGCACAAACUUUAGUACAAAUUCACAGUGCCGCGGAAUCACUGUUGGGUAAGCGAAAACGAUCCGAGCAAACGAUGUUUGGUAUCGUGACAUCAGGUCGUUCUUGGCGUUUUAUCCGAUGGAACGGGACAUUAGAAUCCCCAAAAGCAGAGAUAACGCAAGAAUACCCUUGCAUUUUUGAAAAUGAUAUGAGAGAAGCCAAAAAGGUGGUCUCUUACAUUGUGCGAGUGCUGCAAGCACAAGCUAAAUCAUUGAACAAAGAGGAACCGUUUAAAACUGAGAAUAAAAAAUUAAAACAAACUUUAGAAGAACAUGGUGCCAGAUUUACGAAUCUAGAACAGAAAGAUAAAGAAAAAACCAACCUUAUUGCUAAACUUGAGCAGAACGAUAAAGAAAAAACGGAUCUUAUAGCUAAAUUGGAAUAUGACGUUUCACUAAUCAAAGGACAAGACAAGAGUAUGGUGUGCAAUCAAAUCGUUACUAAUGUUUUGCAAGAUGUAGAACCUGGAAUCUCUGAUUCAUAUCCUCCACCUACUGAAAGUUCUCCAAAAGAGGACACUUACAUAUCUAAUAUUAAAUCUAGUAUUCCUCCCGAGCAGAAAAAGGAGCAAGGUUUAAUACAAGAGAUUUCAACAUCCAUUAAAGAUCAGAAUGAUAUAACUAGAAUUUCACAGAACAAUAUUCGUCAAAAUCAUAUGACUGAAGUCGCUUCAGACCAAGAUAUCAUUUGUUUAUACCAAAAUGCAUGUGAUGCAGAAAAAGAUGCUAUCAAAGCCAAUCAAGAAGAAAUAUUAUGCUGGUGUUUCUACGCUAAAAAGUUUAAAGGUUUGGUUAAAGAUUUUAUGGUUAAUGGUAGAGUUGGAGAGAAAAAAGCAAAAGGACAAGUAUACGAUUUUAUUAUUCAACAUCUUCCUAACACAAAGCGUGAAAACUUAUGCAAGCAAACACAAAAAGCAUUAAGAGUUUAUAACUUAUUCGAGAAAAUAGGAAUGGAUAAGAUUCAGUAUACCAAAUCUUAUACUGCAGAUAGUAUUUCAAGAUUUACUAAUUUACAGAUUCAAACGAUUAUUGAUCAUUUCACUAAAAACCCUGCGAUAGAAUUCACCGAUCAUUCUUCUGAUGACUUACUCAAAACUGAGAUUAAUGAGGAAGCUAAAAGAAUUUCAUCAAAAACAGAG